AUGAUGGUGUAUUUGAUUAUUCCGCACACCAUCACUGCACUGUAGUCUUGGAUAAGAAUCAUGACAGCUAAACGGGCUUAAUACGCGUAGACUCAAGAGCUACUCUAUGUAAGAUGAACACUGAGGACAAACUGGAAGGCAUGCUGCUGAAGUGCAGCAGCGGAGGAAUAGACGGAGGAGGGAGAGUUGGCCUGGGCAGCGGAGGAGGACUGGUGGUGAUGACACUCGGGGAACGAUCGCUGGCUAACCACCCUCUGCUGGCCGAGGAUGACGACGACGAAGACGACGACGAGGACUUGACUCGAAGCUCGCUGGUCACUCACGACCUGGUCCCUCCAGAGCAGCUGAUGAUGCAGGAGGAGAUGACGAAGAAUAGCGGUGGAGGAGAAGAGGAGGGAGGAGCCGAGGUGGGAGAGCAUUUCCCCCUAAAACUCACGAAUAAGUUUCCCUGCUUGCUUCAUAUGCCAUUGAGCAUCAAGCAGGAGCUGAAGUUGUCUGAGCCAGCGGUCUAUAUAAAGAAAGACAAAAAGGCAAUCAAGGAUCUGACAAUGUGUCCCAAGAAGAAAAAAAGGAAGCAGCGAUCACCAGCAAAGAUUCUCAGCAUCAAUGACGAUGGCUCAUUGGGCAUACCAAACCCCAAGUGUCACGUCUGUACUCACUGUAAUGCUGCGUUCAGAACCAACUACCAUCUACAGAGGCAUGUCUUCAUUCACACUGGUGAGAAGCCGUUUCAGUGCAGCCAGUGUGACAUGCGCUUUAUUCAGAAGUAUCUUCUCCAGAGACAUGAGAAGAUCCACACCGGUGAGAAGCCUUUUCGCUGUGAUGAGUGUGGGAUGAGGUUCAUCCAGAAGUACCACAUGGAGAGGCACAAAAGGACUCACAGUGGAGAGAAGCCCUACCAAUGUGACUAUUGUCACCAGUACUUUUCCAGAACAGACCGGGUUUUAAAGCACAGAAGAAUGUGUCACGAGAACAGAGAGCGAAAGGCGAACAAGACUGCCGGUAAAGUCGGACCUUUACGUGAAGCAGACUCUUUAGGGCCCCCCUUUGUUGCCAAAGAGUGCUCACUGCCCAAGAAAAAGCGCCAAAAGUGUACAGACAAGAGUUCAGGAGCUUCCACUACUGCCCAGACAGAAGGGCACACUUUUACCGUGGUAGAAACAGAAGAGAAAGAGGAGCAAAAGGGAAGUCUUUCUCUAUAUGCUGUGUCCUCCAAAGUCAAACAUGAGUACGUGAUUGCUGACUACUCUGUGGACCUUCCUGAAGAAACGGCUAACCAACACCAAGAUGGCGACGUCUCUUCGGAAGAAACAACUUCUCCUAAGCUACUUCUGAAGAAAGUCCGCAAGCGGAGUCUUAAGCAGUCGACUGAACAAACUCCUCCUUGCUUGUCCACUUUACCCUCCUUUGAGGAAAAUACUAAGGUGGCACAGUACACCUUUGAGAUCGUGGACAAGCAAGGCCUCUUAGACGUAGAAGGCAACAGUGAACUCGAAUCAGUUGAAACUCUUCAAGGAGGACAAACAAAACCAGCAGCCAGCAGCACAAACUAUGACGACGCGAUGCAGUUUCUCAAGAAGAAACGUUACCUUCAAGCUGCAAUGGCUAACAACAGCCGGGAUUAUGGCCUGAACACGAGCAGCAUCUCCUCUCAGCCACCUGUUACACAAACUGUGGUGUCAACAGUCAUCGACGAAACUGUUCCCGCCACCAUCCUGGAGCCCCAACCCAUGAACACAGAGAUUAAGACUCCUAAUGACAAGAACGUUUUGCCUGAUGAGGUUCUUCAGACACUGUUGGACCACUACUCCAACAAAGCCAAUGGGCAAUCAGACAUUUCUUUCAGUGUGGCUGACACAGAGGUUACCUCAAGUAUAUCUAUCAAUUCCUCCGAUGUUUCUGACAGCAGUCCGGUCGAGAGCCUCGGAACAUCCAGCGCUCAGGCUCAGCCGCCUGCAGAGAAAGUGAGUCUCUUGCAAGAAUACUCCAAAUUUCUCCAGCAAGCACUGGAGAGGACCAGCCAGAAUGACAGCUACCUGACCAGCCAGAGCCUCAGCUUGGUCUCUGAAAACCCCACAUUAGCUGGACAGCCUCUGUUCUCCACAGAGAAACAGUUUCCUUCCCCCAGCAGGUUCAAAUCAGGGAUGAGCUCUCCACUAAGGUCCACCUUAGAGAAACCUCACUAUGGGUUGCUGGUCGGGGACUCCCAGCACUCGUUUUCCUUUUCAGGCGACGAGACCACCCCUCCCUCUGCGGUGUCCCCAGCUGAGGAGGACUUUCUGGAGCAGGUCUCUCCCUCAAAAAAGACUGACUCUUCACAAGGGAUACUACAGACUUUUCAAAUAAGCUCCUUUGAACAGAACUUCAAAUCUCAUUUCCAGACGUCAAGAUCUGCAGCCUCCUCGCAGUUUACGGUUGCCAACGGACAAGUGAGUGUUCGAGGACACAGCACAGAAUUCUCAGAGUUCCCUUUAGUCCGAGUCACUGAGACCAGGUCUCAACUGAACUCAUCCCCUGACGUUUCGACCAGUGAAUCGUUUGGCUGAAGAAAUGGAGGCGGGAGCGUUCAUUUCUGUUCAUCAUUUCUGUGGCACUUUAUCUCGUCUUUCCUGUGUUUUUGCCAAAUCAAAUCCCACUGCAAACGAGGGGUCUUUCUUUUUUUUUUUUCUUUGUGUAAAGCAGUUAUAAUUUUGUGCUUUUACGUUCUAAACUUCUUAAACAGGAAUACUGAAAAAUGAUAAUCAUACUAUAAUUAGCAUUUCCCCUUUUGGAAAAAAAAGUCAAACUUCCUCCAGAAUGUACAUUAUGAGAUUAAGCGACCAAAGUGUAAUGCAGGAGAUUAAUAUUCUCUAAUUCCAUUGCCAUUAUUUUUAAUGUUUGUGUCAAUCAUUUCGCCUUGCACACUUAAUGAUCAAGUCACACUUGCUGCUUAAUGCAAUAUUUAGACUUAUUAAAAUGUAGUUUGCAUCUAUGUACACUCCCCCCCUGAGUUUUUCAACUGCACUGGGGGUUGGGUGGUCCAGAGCUGCACAAACCUACUGUUAUUGAUACUUUUUCCUUAUGAACGCGUUAAUUUUUUUCUGCAUUUUAAGAUCAAAAUCUGUGAUUCAACUGAGCUGAAAUGAAUUGGGGCCACAUAAGUUUGUCCUGCUCCCGAAAAUCAUGCCCCCUUCCCCCAUGGCGGUGGUAGAUUUUUUAUUUUUAUUUUUAAAUUUUUUUUUUCUUUAGCUACUUCCCCUUGCUCUUUGUUUAGUUUUUUUUUUUUUCAAAAAAUAUCACUUAGAGCUUUUUUCUUUAUUCCAGCGGUUAAACUGUCUGCUGACAUGCACGGUGACACAAAGUUGUGUUACCUAUUAAGGGUAUUUCUGCAGGAUUUAUAUUAGAUUAUCACAGUAUGUAUAAGUCACCUUUUGUUAAGAGAUUAGUGAGACUAACCACUUAAUUAGUUUAAGUAGAAAUUCAAACUAAUUCACUUUUUCUUUGAUCACUUAAAAGGACGUAGCUCUUAUAAGGGAAACAAAAUUAAAGUUCAUGAUCCCUUGUAUUCAAGAGAAUUUGAUUAAAAUGAGCAGUUUAUUAUUUUGUGCCUUCUUUUAAAAGAAAUAUUACAAUUUCCUUUAGUCAUUCCUGCACAAUGCAUUUAUUUCUACUUGGUCUACGCUCUAAGGCUACUAGUUCCACUUGCACAAUACAGACAAGCACAUAAGCUAUCAACGUGUUCACACCUUCAUACGUUAAGAACUGGGAGCUUUAUUUAGUUUUGCCUUUUAAUAUUGUAUCAUUUUUAAAAUUUUAGCAGAGACAUAUCACCAAACUUAAUAAUCAACAUAUUAUCUGUAGUUGGGAGGAGUUAACGUGUCAUGGACUCUUCUCCAGUAUGUGUGUAAGUGCAGAUUUAAGUUGUAGAUGUCUAGAUUUGCUGAUAAUCACUGAUUUGCUGGAAUUUUCUGGUCAGACUCAUCUGUACGGGCCUUGUUGAAACCAUGCAGUUUUAAACGGGAGUGGCAAUGAGUUAAGUCUUUUCUGUACUUCAUUACACUGUUGAUUGUCGUUCACGUCUUAGGUGCUGUUGUGUUUUAAACGAUGUUUUUAUCUUUUUGUUUUUCGUGCACCAUCCAGUUUAGGUUUGAAACCAAUGUUGAGCUCCCUCUUGUUACAGCUCCUCUGACAAUCAGGGACACACAGAACCACGUUAAUCAUCGAAUACUUUAUUCUUCCUCAAUGAUCAUUCCCUCUAGAAUGUAUAGAAGAUAUCCUGCUGUAAAUACAUUGUAUAUUUUUCUGCUCUGAGAAGUACUGUUAGGUUUUAUUUUGGUCCAUAGAAAGACAAGGCGUGUGCAAGAAACACUUUUGUCAGUGAAUUUGGCAAGUUAAUUUGUUUUUAAGCAUUUAUGAGAUUCAAUAAUGAAACGGUCCAUCUUCCUGAGAAAAUGUGGCUUUUGCAGAAAUCUCACCACUGUAUCAAUAUUAUAUUUUCAGUUUAAUUGGUGAUUGAUCAAAGUGAAUUUAGAUUUUUGUGAAUGUUCAUUAUGAUGGGUUUUACUGUAUAACUAUCAUCCGUAUGAUAUAUUAAAAUAAAAUUCCUUUUCAACAUAUUUAAAGUAAAAGAAAAAUGUUCUUAGUGGUGGAAACAAUCCUCCAUUCAACAGCUAUUAGAGUCUUGAAUUUGUGUUAAAAUAUCACUUAAAAGUUAUAGUGUGGUUGAAAUACCUCACUAGCUGCCCUUUUUUUUUAUUGUAAGCAAUCUUUAAAAGCACAGUGCAGAUAGAAACGAUGGUUUUGUAAAUUGUACCCCAUUUAGUUCUUUGAAUUUUGAAUUCAGUUAAAGUGGAAACCUAUUGGAAAUUAAUGAAGUAUGUGAGCAGUACGAUGAAUAUUUCCUUUUAAUUAACUAUUGUCAGUAACCUGACCAUAAGUGUCCUUGUAUAAGCUAGAGAAAUCUCAUUUGUGUGCGUGUGUGUGUAAAAAGAUCAGAAUUUUUUGAUAAAAAGCUAUUUUUGAAACGUCAUUUAAAGCACUGAUAUGUACAGUAUAUCAUAUGCAGUCAUUCUCGCUACCCUCAUUUAUCUCUGUAUAAGUCGUUUGUGUCAAGGUUUUUCAAAUACAGAUGGGAAUCUGAAUUUUUUCUUGAUUUUAAAGAAUUUGCUUCACAGUAAGGUUGGUCUUACGUUAGGUUUAUUCUGCAUGGUCUCUGACUUGUUGGGUCAAGUGAACUUGUUUUAUGGAUAAUGUGCAGCUUUAAUUGUAGCUGAUUAUUUUCAGUCAAGUAACCCAUAUGAUUAGACUUUUGCAAUAUACAAUGAUUUGUAAGCAAUCUGAUUAAAUUGUUUUUGAUUGUUGUGUGUCAUGUCCUUAUAAAUAAAUAAUUCACAGCA